AUGAUGGUGUUAAAGGUGAAGAACUUUUGUGAACGUGAAAAACGUAAUAAUGCACCAUUAAUUCCUUUAAGAUGUGUUCAGGCCCGUGUUGCCGCCAUUACAGGUGUGUCCGAAAAAACCGUGUCUAAAAUCACCAAAGAAGGUGAGGUCGCUGCCAGCACGUCGACUAAGGUUUCAACACCACGCAAAAGCGGUCCCCGGCCUAAAAAAAUCGAACUGGAUGACUUCGAACGCAGAAAGGCAGAAAUGCAAAAUUGGAUAUCAAGUAAUGGUCUUUCUUACUUGCCAACUAUGGUUAAAGCCCAGCUAUUUCAAAUAAUAAAAGAGCACAAACAGCCGCCCGUUUAUGAAGCCGAUAUAAUGUUGGAAGCGCAUGGACAUAAAGUGGUAAGGCUUCCACCUUACCACUGUGAUUUAAACCCAAUAGAGCUGAUAUGGAGUGUCGUAAAAAGACGAGUUGCUGAAAAAAACAUAGGUCAAGAAGCAAAUAAAAUCCUCCAAAUCACAGAAGAAGCCUUUGCAACGAUCACCGAAGAAGAAUGGAUAAAAGAAUGUGAGCAUGUGAAAAAAGUGGAAGAAAAAUAUUACGCCGAUGGCCCAGUUAUUGAUAGCGAGAUGGAGAGGUUCAUAAUUGAAGUGGGAGACGAUAGCGACACUUCUGAUGACGAGGAUGAUGAGGAAGAUGAAGUUGACGACGAUCUCUCGGGAAUAAGUCCGUUGGAUGAGCAUUUUUUGAUUGAUCACAAUUAUAAUAAAAAAUAU